CAACAGCUGACAAACAUGAGUAUGAAGGGCAUGGCCAUAGCCUUGGCUCUGCUACUCUGUGCUACAAUUCUUCAAGGCUUCCCAAUGUUCAAAGCAGGACGAUGUCUUUGCAUAGGCCCUGGAGUAAAAGCAGUGAAAGUGGCAGACAUUGAGAAAGCCUCCAUAAUUUACCCAAGUUACAACUGUGACAAACUAGAAGUGAUUAUCAUCCUGAAAGCAAAUAAAGGACAACGAUGCCUAAAUCCCAAAUCUAAGCAAGCAAACCUUAUAAUCAAGAAACUUCAAAGAAUGAAUUUUUAA